AUGGCUACCGAUAGACGGAAAGAAGACUGUCUGGACUUCAGUGAUGUAAAACGGACUCGUAGUACGAAUUUAGCGCAGCUUACUAAAUUGUACAAAGAAUUGGAGAAGAAUUUAAUUUCAUAUGAGAACGUGGAACAUGCAAAACAAUUAUAUUCAAAGUUAUGUGAAAGGUUUGAACAAUUUAAGUUAGCACACUUACAGUGUUUAGAUUUGUGUACACAAUCAGAAGUUAUAGCAAAUUUGGAAGUGAACUAUGAACGUUGUCAUGAGAACUUUGUAGAAUUCCGGGAUAGAUUUUCUCAGUAUAUCGCGAGUGAAAAAUCGCAUGAAGAGGAAAUACCCGAAGAAAGUGAUACAGUUUCAAUUGAUAGCAGUUUGAGUUCACGAUCUUCAGUUUCAUCACAAUCUAGAUUUCGCAGUGCCAAAGCUAAGCGGCUAAUCGCAGAACUUAAACUCAGGAAAUUAUCAGAACAGCAUGAACUAGAGCGUGCACAAAUAGAAAUUAAAUUUAGACAACAGGUAUUUAAUCAACUAUCCGAGAUGGAAGAGGCCAAUAUCGAAGAAUCAGUGUGGCAAGAAGCAGUGGAAGAAGACACAGAUAAUACCAGUGGAAUCGUGAACAUUCGGAACAUUUCGCAAACAGUCUCGCAAACAUUACAGAGCUCUGUUCCUGCGAGUGAAAAGUGUAUUAAUAUGAACUCUCUUUCCGGACAAACUGCAGCAAAUGAUAAACCAAAGAUGAACAUUAAUAACAGUACACAGGGAAUCAGUGCUCAGUCUGGAUUUUCGGAUGUAAGUGUUUCUAGCAUAGAUUCGGCUUUUCAACGCCUAGCAUCUACACUUCACGAAGGGUUUAAUUUGCCAAAACCAGAAUUAUUAACUUUUAAUGGAACUCCGUUAGACUAUAGUAAGUUUAUACGGAACUUUGAGACAAACAUUGAAGGUAGAAUAAGUGAUAAUAGUUUGAGACUGAGUUAUUUAAUUCAGUACUGUAGAGGUGAAGCCAAGUGUUGUAUAGAAGAUUGUGUAUUAUUAGAUUCUGAUGAGGGUUACAAACGUGCUAGGGCAAUAUUGUACUCCCGAUACGGUAGGCCACAUGUAAUUGCUGGAUCAUUUAUUGAAAAAUUAGUGUACGGCGCUCAGAUUAAAGCGUCAGAUAUUGAAGGUUUAUCUAAAUUGGCAUUAGAAAUGCAAAAAUGUGAAAUCACAUUGUCUCAGUUAGGUUUUAAUUCAGAUAUUGAUAAUUCUGAAAAUUUAAGGUGUAUUGUUAAACGCUUUCCAAUGCAUAUGAGAACAAAAUGGGUCGACAUUGCUCAUUCAAUUAGUGAGUCUGGUAGAGAACCCCGUUUUUCUGACUUAGCUAAAUUUGUAGACGAAAAAUCACGCAUUGCUAGUUCUAUGUAUGGGUACGAUCUUUGUAGAGAAAACAAUCAGAACAAGACUGAUAAUAGGGUUUUUACAAGUAAACAUCAUAAUAAUGAUACAGUUAAUAGUAAGGUUACUACGUUAAGUACUCAAAGUUUAAAUAACACAGCUAAAUAUGAGCACAAAUGUAAAUGUUGUACAGGUACUUGUGUAGAUUUGACAGCUUGUAGCAAAUUCAAGUCAAUGAGUUUAGAUGAUAGUUGGUCUAAGCCCGGUUUUGAUCAUGCAGCUACUCAGCCUUCAGUUAAUUGCGCAGCUACUAAAGGUUCUAUGAUUAAGAACUGUUUAGGAAUUAUUCCUGUCCUCGUUAAGGGUCGGAACGGUAACUCUUGCAAAACAUUUGCCUUGCUAGAUGACGGAGCAGAUAAAACUUUAUGUGAUGAACGAUUACUUCAGAAAUUAAAUAUAGCCAGCAAGCCGGUCACUUUCGAGAUGUCUACUGUCAGCUCUUCUGGUAGUACAAUUCACGGUCAAGAAGUUGACUUACAAGUAAAAGCUAUUGACGGAAAUGAUAACGUGUCGUUAAAAAAGGUCUGGUCAGUUAAGAAGCUUCCAAUUUCUACUCGAUCUGCCGCAGAAAAUGUAGAUAUAAGAAAAUUGCCGUAUUUGGCCGAUAUACAGAUACCCUCUACUGAUUUAACCGAGGUCAUGUUGUUAAUUGGUACAGAUUCACCUAACGCUCACAUUCCGUUAGAAGUAAGGUCCGGUAACGAAAACCAACCAUAUGUAAUUCGCUCACGCCUCGGAUGGGCUAUUCGUGGUCCUAUUGAAGAUACGCAUGCGUCAAACGUUAUAAAUGUACAUUUUGAGGAGGCAAGGGAUGUUUUGUUGCAGCGACAAUUAGAAUCGAUGUGGACCUCUGAUUUUGAUGAUAGAGCACGAGAAGACAAGAAUGGCUUGUCUAUAGAGGAUAAAGAGGCUAUGAAAAUGAUGGAAUCAUCUAUAACGCAGGAAGAUGGCCAUUUCAAGCUCGGACUACCUUGGCGCGAUAGAGAGACCACGCUACCUAAUAACAUGGUUCUUGCACAUGCCCGCUUACAACAAUUGAAACGCAAAUUGUCAAGUAAUGAGACGUUACAUAAAAUGUAUACGACAACUGUCAAUGAUUAUAUAGAAAAGGGAUAUGCCAAGGAGGUGACUAAUAUUGAGUCUAAAUCAAAACGUGUUUGGUAUUUACCUCAUCACCCAAUAACAAAUGAAAAUAAACCUGGAAAAGUUCGUGUAGUAUUUGACUGCGCAUCGAAGUAUCAAGGAAUUUCACUUAACAGCCAACUCCUACAGGGGCCCGAUUUAAUGAACAGUUUAGUAGGUGUAAUUAUCAGGUUCAGACAAGACAAAGUAGCUCUAGCUGCCGAUAUUGAAGCCAUGUUUCAUCAGGUACGUGUUCGAGAAGACGACUGUGAUGCGUUGCGGUUUUUAUGGUGGCCUAACGGGAAUUUAGAUCAGAAACCUAAAAUUUAUUGUAUGAACGUUCACUUGUUUGGGGCUACAUCAUCGCCAAGUUGUACUGCAUAUGCACUUAAACGUACGGCAAGAGAUUAUGCACAUUUAUUUGACCAAGAAGUUGCGCUAACUGUAGAAAGAAAUUUCUACGUCGACGACUGCCUGAAAUCUGUACCAUCAGAGCAACAAGCUAUUAAACUCGCUACAGACCUGCAAUCAAUGUUAAAAAUGGGUGGUUUCCGACUUACAAAAUGGCUCAGUAACAAAAGAAAUGAUUUGAAUGCAAUACCAGAAUCAGAACGCGCUUCAUCGGUAGUCAGUCUUGGACCUAGUGAUAUGUUGCCAAGUGACAAAGCCUUAGGUGUUAUUUGGGAUGUGAAUGAAGACAAAAUCAAAUUUAAAGUAAAACUGUCAGACAAACCUCUGACAAGGCGUGGUAUACUAUCAGUCGUUAGCUCCAUAUUUGACCCUCUUGGACUGGUUUCUCCAGUUACACUUAGAGCAAAAGCUAUUGUACAGCACUUAUGCAAAGAGAAGUUUAGGUGGGAUGAACAAAUUCCACAAGAGUACCAUGAUAAAUGGAAAAGUUGGGUGAAGAACUUGCCAUGUUUAGAAAAUUUGUCCGUAAACCGUUGUUUCCUACCACGAGAUGUUCAACAUGUUAAAAAUGUACAAUUGCACAUAUUUAGUGACGGUUCAGAACUUGGAUAUGGCGCGUGUGCAUACCUCAGGGUCGUUGAUGAAAAUGACAGAACUACGUGCUCUCUUAUGAUGGGAAAAGCUCGCUUAGCACCAAUAAAACAGGUUUCAAUACCAAGACUGGAAUUAUCAGGAGCUGUUACUGCUUGUCGUUUGUAUGACAUUUUGUCGGAUGAACUCGAAUUAAAGCUAAAUAAGGUUACUUUCUGGACAGAUUCAACGAUUGUGUUAGGGUACAUAAGAAAUACGUCACGACGAUUUAAAACAUUCGUAGCAAAUAGAUUGAGCGUUAUACAAAAUACAACAUCACUAGAUCAGUGGCGUCACGUUGACUCCAAACAAAACCCUGCUGAUAUAGCGUCAAGAGGCAUUGACGCCUGCGAUAGGAAAAAUCUUGAUAUUUGGUUGAACGGUCCAAAGUUUCUUCAUAAAAACUCCGAGCACUGGCCAAGGAACGUACUGGACGAAGAACUAGGGAUAUCUGAGACUGAUACGGAAAUCAAGAAGGAAAUAGCUGUACAUGCUACAACCACUAAUGCCAUCGACAAUUUGUUAGGAUACUUCUCCGACUGGAUAAAACUCAGACGAGCUAUUGCAUGGUUUAGGAGAUUUAAGAUUUAUUGCAGAAAUCGUUACCUUGGACAUCAUUUGCCGUGUAACAAUGGUAAACUUAAUGUAACAGAACUUAGGGAGGCAACCGAUGAAAUAUUAGCACAUGUCCAAAUGAGUUAUUUUUCAGAUGAAAUAACAAACUUGAAGAAAGCAAAGCCCGUGAAAAAAGGAAGCCGUAUUGCUUCUCUCCAUCCUGUUUUGGUUAAUGAACUUAUCCGAUCAAAAGGUCGCCUAAAUUAUGACUUAAGCACUUGUCCCGUGAUACUGCCAAACAAACAUCACGUAACUACGCUUAUAAUCCGUUAUUAUCACGAAACCACGGGACACGUGGGAAAACAACAGGUGCUUGCAGCUUCUCGUGAAAAAUAUUGGAUAUUGAAAGGAUUCAGUGCUGUGAAGACAGUUAUCGAUCGUUGCGUACCAUGCAAACGACAACAUGGUCCGUUUUGUAAACAGCAGAUGGCACCACUACUCGAGGAACAGAUGACUGCAGACAAACCUCCUUUUACCUUUGUCGGAGUUGACUAUUUUGGUCCAUUAAACGUUAAACUUGGACGGUCAGUUGUUAAGAGAUAUGGAUGCCUCUUUACGUGCCUUACAACAAGAGCGGUUCAUAUAGAAAUAGCACACAGUUUAAAUACGGAUUCUUUUAUUUCAGCCUUUCAACGCUUUACAAGUAGACGAGGCAUUCCCGAAAAGGUCUACAGUGAUAAUGGAACAAAUUUCGUUGGCGGUGAAAUCGAACUUCGAAAAAACAUUGAACAAUGGAAUAAAGCAACUAUAUCAAAUUAUAUGCUACACAAGGACAUUAUUUGGACAUUUAAUCCACCAUAUGCAAGUCACCGCGGUGGUGCAUGGGAACGAAUGAUUCGUUCAACAAGGAACAUUUUUAAAGCACUUAUCAAUCAACAACUACUUAGCGAUGAACAAUUACUGACAUUUAUGGCCGAAACUGAGCGUAUUAUGAAUGAUAGACCGAUAACAGCAAUAAGUGACGAUUGUCGUGAUUUACCCGUUUUAACGCCAAAUAUGCUAUUAUUGAUGAAGAGCAACACGUCAACACCACAAGGUGUGUUUGACAAAAAGGAUAUAUAUGCAAAACGAUGGUGGAAACAAAUACAACACCUAGCGAAUGAAUUCUAA